AUGAUUAAAUUAUAAAAAGAGGAUAAUUGUGAGAUUUAAAAAGAGACAGAAAGAAAAGAUUAAAAAAUUUGUGGAAUAGUCAAUUUCACAUUCAAAUUUUAAGCAGAUAAUUAAUUAGAAUACAAAUUUGAAGAUUGCUUAAUAAAAAAUCAUUACUUGAAAGUUGAUGAUUUCGAAGAUAUUGUUUUUCCAGAAGAUCUGAAUAUUAAUUAUUGUUAUUCAAAUGAACAAGGAGAAUAAAUUUAAUUAGACAAAUAAGAUUAUGAGAUUGAUGAUAUUUCUGACCAUGAUAAUAGUUUCGAAUAUAGUAAUGAGGGUAUUUCAUCUUUUUAUGUAUAAUAUAUGGUAAUAAGUCCAAAUCACUAAUUUAUAUUUUUAUGUGUGAUUAUAAAAAUCUUAAAUUAGUAAGAGUCAUAUAGACUGAUUGUAAUUGAUAUCAAGAAUUAAAAGAUUAAGAAAUUUUGUUACAGAAAUUAUUUUCCAGGAUAAAGACCAUAAUUUUCAAAAAAUGGUAAUGUAGCAAUUAUAAAUAUUUCUAAAAAUGAUAAAGGAUCGAGAUAUAUAUUUUUUGAUCUUUAAAAUGAUCUUUAGAAAGUAACGACCUUUAAAUUUCGUCGGCAAUAAUUAUUAAGGAUAGAAUAUGAUGAUAUUUCUCAGUGUUUUUUUUAUAUAACAUCAAGUGGUAAAUUAAUUAAAUAACCAAUCAAUUUUGAAGAUUACACAAUUGAUAAAUCUAAAUGUUGGAAAUUUAAUAUCUGUUCAAUAUUAAAUGAAUAACUUUAUCGCUAUGUUCGUUUUUAUUUACUUUAUGAUUCUAUUGGGCUUCUUUUAGAUGAAAAUGGUAUAUUUAUUGUUAUUAGAAUUGGAAAAAAAUGUAAAGUUAUAAGGAAUUAUAUCUGUGAAUCCAACCCUGUAUAUAUAUUUAAUAAAGCUUUUGUUGUUGCAUCCGAUUACUAUAAGAAUAAACUACUUGUUAUAGAUGCAUUAAAAGGAAAAUUAAUAAGAAAGAGUGAUUUUACUUAAAGACCAGAUAAAUAUUAAUAUUAUUAUCCUCCAAAAAGAUCUUAUUAUGUUUCUUAUGAAUAUUAUUAAACUUAAGAAGAAAAUAGUGAUUUUGAAGAUCCAAAUAUACCUUAAUUAGAAAAGGAACCCAAAUGGAUGAUUUUCGAUGUUAUCAGAGGAAUUGAGAAAGAAGUCAAUAAAACAAUAUUAACUUAAGAAAAUAUAGAGAAAUAGAUAUUUACACAUAAAUUUGUAGCUCAAAAAUAUCAAAAUAAAAUUAGUUUUCAGCUUAAAUUAUGA